GGCCCUGCGCCGGGGAGAGCAGCCGGGACCCACCGGCGGGGCAGAAAACAAGUGUAUUCAUAUUCAAACAAACCGACCAAUUGCACCAGGCGGGGAGAGGGAGCAUCCAAUCGGCUGGCGCGAGGCCCCGGCGCUGCUUUGCAUAAAGCAAUAUUUUGUGUGGGAGCGAGCGGUGCAUUUGCAUGUUGUGGAGUGAUUAGUGGGUUUGAAAAGCGAACCGUGGCUCGGCCUCAUUUCCCGCUCUGGUUCAGGCGCAGGAGGAAGUGUUUUGCUGGAGGAUGAUGACAGAGGUCAGGCUUCGCUAAUGGGCCAGUGAGGAGCGGUGGAGGCGAGGCCGGGAGCCGGCACACACACAUUAACACACUUGAGCCAUCACCAAUCAGCAUAGGGAUCUGAGAAUUGCUCUCACACACCAAACCAGCAGCGUCCGUGGAGAAAACUCUCGCCAGCAACUCCCUUAGAACACCGUCAUUUCAAAUCAUUGUGGUCUUUAAGCAACAGCCGCAAAAAAUCACCAAACAAACAAAACUCUUGACAGGAGCUUUGACGAGAGAGGAUGCCUCAUAAAGGGGGAAGACUUUAACUAGGGGCGUGCAGAUGUGUGAGACCUUUUAUUGUAAGAGUGGACAAACAUCCCAGAUUUCAGAGCCCCAUAUUCGAGUCCAGUGGGAUCCCACGGCCCCCAGCCAGCGCCAUCAUGCAGAACAGUCACAGCGGAGUGAAUCAGCUCGGUGGUGUCUUUGUCAACGGGCGGCCACUGCCGGACUCCACCCGGCAGAAGAUCGUAGAGCUAGCUCACAGCGGGGCUCGGCCGUGCGACAUUUCCCGAAUUCUGCAGACCCAUGCAGAUGCAAAAGUCCAAGUGCUGGACAAUCAAAACGUGUCCAACGGAUGUGUGAGUAAAAUUCUGGGCAGGUAUUACGAGACUGGCUCCAUCAGACCCAGGGCAAUCGGUGGUAGUAAACCAAGAGUAGCGACUCCAGAAGUUGUAAGCAAAAUAGCCCAGUAUAAGCGGGAGUGUCCGUCCAUCUUUGCUUGGGAAAUCCGAGACAGAUUAUUGUCCGAGGGGGUCUGUACCAACGAUAAUAUACCAAGUGUGUCAUCAAUAAACAGAGUUCUUCGCAACCUGGCUAGUGAAAAGCAACAGAUGGGCGCAGAUGGCAUGUAUGAUAAACUAAGGAUGUUGAAUGGGCAGACCGGAAGCUGGGGCACCCGCCCGGGUUGGUAUCCGGGGACUUCGGUGCCUGGACAACCUACGCAAGAUGGCUGCCAGCAACAAGAAGGAGGGGGAGAGAAUACCAACUCCAUCAGUUCCAACGGAGAAGAUUCAGAUGAGGCCCAAAUGCGACUUCAGCUGAAAAGGAAGCUGCAAAGAAAUAGAACAUCUUUUACCCAAGAGCAAAUUGAGGCCCUGGAGAAAGAGUUUGAGAGGACCCAUUAUCCAGAUGUGUUUGCCCGAGAAAGACUAGCAGCCAAAAUAGACCUACCUGAAGCAAGAAUACAGGUAUGGUUUUCUAAUCGAAGGGCCAAAUGGAGAAGAGAAGAAAAAUUGAGGAAUCAGAGAAGACAGGCUAGCAACACACCUAGUCACAUUCCCAUCAGCAGUAGUUUCAGCACCAGUGUCUACCAGCCAAUCCCGCAACCCACCACACCUGUUUCCUCCUUCACCUCUGGCUCCAUGUUGGGCCGAACAGACACAGCCCUCACAAACACGUACAGUGCUCUGCCACCCAUGCCCAGCUUCACCAUGGCCAAUAACCUGCCUAUGCAACCCCCAGUCCCCAGCCAGACCUCCUCGUACUCCUGCAUGCUGCCCACCAGCCCCUCGGUGAACGGGCGGAGUUACGACACCUACACCCCCCCACAUAUGCAGACACACAUGAGCAGUCAGCCAAUGGGCACCACGGGCACCACGUCCACAGGACUCAUUUCCCCUGGUGUGUCAGUUCCAGUUCAAGUUCCUGGAAGUGAACCUGACAUGUCUCAAUAUUGGCCAAGAUUACAGUAAAAAAAAAAAAAAGGAUAUAUUGUAUUAAUUCAGUCAGUGACUAUGUGGACACAACAGUUGGGCUUUCAGGAAGGAAAGAAAAAAUGGCUGUUAGAAGCACUUCAGUUCUGCAAUUGUGUCCUGUAUUGCACCACUGGGGAAUGGACUUGAAACAAGGACCUUUGUAUACAGAAGGCACGAUAUCAGUUGGAACAAAUCUUCAUUUUGGUAUCCAAACUUUUAUUCAUUUUGGUGUAUUAUUUGUAAAUGGGCAUUUGUAUGUUAUAAAGAA